CCUGGUGGGAUGUUGUUCUUGUAGGAAGUGUUUGUUGUUCGUUUGGAACAUGGCGUUCUGACAGUUGUUAAAAAGAAAACGCCCCCGUUUCUAAAGGCGCCCGAGGCUAUGGAGUCGUUCCGUCAGCGGCGACCCAUAGUCCUUUGGAGAACUGUCGCAUGUUAUGCCCUGUGUUGCCUUGUGUUAUUUCCACACUUUGGCGAUGGCACUCACAUCAACCGACGCCCGGAGCAGUUGGAGAACAUCACCGAUAUUCUCAAGAACAUACUCAACGGAUAUGACAUUCGGUUGCGACCGAAUUUUGGCGGUAAACCGCUAUACAUAGGAAUGGAUUUACUGAUUGCAAGUUUUGAUAGCAUCUCCGAAGUAAACAUGGACUAUACGAUUACACUGUACCUGAACCAAUAUUGGGUAGACGAGCGGCUCGCUUUUAGCUCCAGUGAACAAAACAGUCAGGAGCUGACGCUUUCGGGCGACUUUGCGGAGAAGAUCUGGGUGCCAGACACAUUUUUCGCCAACGAUAAGAACUCAUUUCUCCACGACGUGACAGAGAAGAAUAAAAUGGUGCGGCUAAAAUCUGACGGCCACAUAACGUACGGCAUGAGGUUCACCACGACUUUGGCUUGCAUGAUGGAUCUGCACUACUAUCCCCUCGAUGCUCAAAACUGCACCGUCGAAAUUGAGAGCUAUGGCUACACGGUGGACGAGGUGGUCAUGUACUGGAAACAACCGAAUCCUGUUGGGGGCGUCGAUUCGUCGGAACUGCCUCAGUUUUCUAUCGUGCGACACGAGACCACGGACAGGAAAGAAUCUUUAGCCACCGGCACUUACCAACGGCUCUCGUUGAGCUUCGAGCUCAAGCGAAAUAUCGGAUACUUCAUCUUCCAGACGUAUCUGCCAUCAAUCCUCAUCGUGAUGCUCUCGUGGGUGUCGUUUUGGAUUAACCACGAGGCCACCUCAGCUCGAGUGGCCCUAGGUAUCACAACCGUUCUCACAAUGACGACAAUUAGUACGGGAGUACGAUCGUCGUUACCGCGUAUUUCGUAUGUUAAGGCCAUCGACAUCUACUUGGUCAUGUGUUUCGUGUUCGUGUUCGCCGCUCUGUUAGAAUACGCUGCCGUCAACUAUACGUACUGGGGGGCGAGAGCGAAGAAAAAACCCAAACGGAAGAAGAGCGAAGAGAAAUCUCCGUCGCCGCCAUCGCCUCACGUGCGCUCCGCUCCGGAUGCAGUUUACCCGAAUAACGAGGAAAUCAUCGAGCUCCACGAUAUCCGUAUGUCACCGAUACCGUGCAUACGUAAUCGGAGACGAUCGUACGGCAACAUCGCCGAAGGCGACGGGAAGUAUCCGCCAUCCUUCCGGAUGACACACAGGGGAAACUACAAUUCCAGACCAUCGAUCGGCUACGCGAACCGAAGACGCUAUCGUUCCGAAUACGGCGAAAGACGGCCCAGGAUGUUGGCUAGCUUGAAGAGGCACGCUUCAAUGAUCAAAACUGCCAUUCCUCGAAUCAAAGACGUCAACAAAAUCGAUAAAUACUCUCGGAUAAUCUUCCCCCUUUCAUACAUGCUAUUCAACGCCGUCUAUUGGUGCUUCUACCUUCUUUAA